AUGGCCGUGGUCUUGCAGGGACUUUGUCCUCUCAGAGUGGAUCUGGCGGUUGGUGGAGGACAAGCCAGGAGGAAAAUGAAGCUGUGGAACAAGUACAAGGUCACCAGUAUCCCCUCCCUGGUGUUCGUGGAUACCUCCACAGGGAAGGUGGUGUGUCGGAACGGUUUACUGGUGGUUAGAGACGACCCCAAAGGCCUGGAGUUCCCCUGGGGGCCGAAGCCGUUUGCAGAGGUGGUGGCGGGGCCUCUGCUCAGGAACAACAACAGGCAGACGACAGACACCAGCAGUCUGGAGGGCCACUACGUGGGAGUCUACUUCUCUGCACACUGGUGCCCACCCUGCCGCAGUUUGACCCGUGUCUUGGUGGACUCGUAUCGCACGGUGAAAGAGUCGGGUCAAAAGUUUGAGAUAGUGUUCGUCAGCGCCGACAGGUCCGAAGAGUCUUUCAAGCAGUACUUCAGUGAAAUGCCCUGGUUGGCAGUGCCGUAUUCAGACGAGGCUCGACGAUCACGACUCAACAGGCUUUAUGGGAUUCAAGGUAUCCCCACCCUGAUCCUGUUGGACGCGGAGGGUCACAUGAUCACACGACAAGGCCGGGUGGAGGUGCUAAACGACCCGGAAUGCCGUCUCUUCCCCUGGCACCCUCGGCCCGUGCUGGAGCUCAGCGAGUCCAACGCCGCACAGCUCCAUGACGGGCCCUGUCUCGUCCUGUUUGUGGACGCCGAGGAGGCAGGCGAGCUGGAGCCGGCCAAGCAGCUGAUCCAACCUCUCGCUGAGAAGCUGAUGGCCAAGUACAAAGAACAGGAGGAAGAGACGCCAUUGCUCUUCUUCGUGGCCGGAGAGGACGACAUGAGUGACUCUCUGCGGGACUACACCAACCUGCCGGAGGCCGCACCGCUGCUCACCAUACUUGACAUGUCAGCCCGGGCCAAGUACGUCCGUGACGUGGAGGAAAUCACGCCGGCGGUGGUGGAGAAGUUUGUUGGCGACUUUCUGGCCGAGAAGCUGAAACCAGAGCCGAUCUGAAUCCCAGAAGUCCAAAUAUGAAGACGAUAGUGGACUUGAUUCUUCAUCAUCAUCAUCCUCCUUCACUUUUUUAUUGACUUUUUAGCUCUUUUCUUUGCCUCCAUGGAGUCUCUCCUCCUGUGGUGCCUUGCAUUGACUACACUCCCUACAGUAAUAUAUUCAUGCCCCGCCCACUCCAUGACAUCAUCACUUCUGGAUUCUGGAGCCCAGCGGACCUACUUACUCAUUUCUAUUUUGCCUUCUGGCACUUGGACUUUCAACAAGGAAUAAAGUGAUUGCAGCA